AUUAUCCCGAAUAGACAUGAGGAACUUACAGAAGGCUCAAAAAAUAAAAUGUGUGUUACACUUGUUUUCAUCUUUAAAAUUUAAAAAGCGUCACAUUCAUAUGUUCGAUAUCAAACGAAAAUUAAUACAUACUCGGGGAAGUCGAUUGUAAAUAAAAUCAUUUAAUAGGAUUUCGGAAAAUUAGAAAAGAGUGUGCGAGAAUGUAACAGCGUUAUUUGACAAUUAAACAGUUACACACUGCCUAAUUUAUACCAUUCUUUUUCAACUUUCUUUUAUCUUCGGCUUUCUUUUCACUCUCUUAUUUCUUACAUCCCUUUUUUUUUCAGUAAAUGGCCUUGCUAACGCCUUCAUUAAUAUCACCUACAACAUCCAAGUUAUUUUCUUAUUUGCCGUUUUCAAACCAUAAUAAAACACAUGCACAAUCGAACUCUCCAAAAUCGCCCGAUCUUCCAACCUACAUUACUAUCGUUAUGCGAAAAGAUGGAACCCCAACUACAAAGUGUCUAAACCCACCGUCAAAUCGAUAUUCGUCCAACCGUAGAAGGAGGUCUUCGUUUUCUUCGUACCAGUCACUUUGUUCUCCUCCUAAACAGCGCAGAUUGAUGAUUUCCUCGUUUAUACCCCGAUUCCCUCGAAGAAACAGUAACAGUUUAUCAUUAUCAAAUAGUAAUAGUAGCAGUAGCAGCACUAUUAGUCGUGAAACUGUUCUAGCUACAUUUAAUUGCAGCCAACCCGCAAUAUCUGUAACUGCUGAUGCAUUUUCUCAGACAAAUCGAAAAAGAAAGCUUUUAUUUUUGCCAUCCGAACUGACAAUUAAAAUUUUGUUAUCUUUGGACUGUGAAAGUUUAUUGAAAUUGGCGCAAACAUGUAAACAGUUUUACAAGCUAUGUCACAAGCAUCAUGAAUAUUUAUGGCAAACCUUAUUUCAAACCGAUUAUAAUCAAAAAAACCUGAAGUCAUUACCCAAUAUUUCUUACUAUGACUUGUACAAAAACCAUCUUGAAUUGGAUCGAAGAUGGAAAUAUGGCAAAGUCAACACAAGAUACUUGACUGGACAUGAAGACAGUGUGUAUUGCUUAGUAUGGGUAGGUAGCAACAGAGUCGUAAGUGGAAGUAGAGAUAGAUCUAUCAAACUCUGGAACCUUGACGAGAAGAAAGGGUCAUCUUUAGUAUUGACAAAGACAGGUCACGAGGGAAGUGUAUUGUGUCUAAGAGUGUCUGCAGAUAUGUCCUUUUUAGUAUCUGGAUCCUCAGAUGCAACAUGUUUGAUUUGGUCACUGCCUGACUUUUUACCACAAAAGAGAUUAGCAGGUCACUCGGGUGGUGUACUGGAUGUGUGUAUCAUUGGGGGUAUGAUUGUCAGCUCAUCACGCGAUGCAACAAUACGUGUAUGGGAUAAAAAUUCAGGGAGUGAAAUGAGGCGUCUUAUAGGACACGCUGGCCCUGUUAAUGCGUUAGGCUCUCACGGCGGUCGGGUGGUUUCUGCCUCAGGAGAUACAACUUUAAAAUUAUGGGAUAUCGAAACUGGUAAUUGUCUAAGGACUUUUGCUGGCCAUACAAGAGGUCUAGCUUGCGUUCGGUUUGAUGGACAAUUUAUUUACAGUGGCGGACAGGAUAAUAAGCUGAAGAUAUGGGAUGCAGAUACUGGAAAAUGUGUUUCUACUCUGGCUGGUCAUUCAGAUCUUAUUCGCACUAUUGAUAGCUUUGAGGCUGUAAGUGGAAGUUACGACCGCACAUUGCGUGUUUGGAAUGCUAAAGAGAGCAAAUGCUUGUUAAGUUUUCAAAGUGGCCAUUCAAGCUGGAUAUUUAAUUGUCUGCUUAGUCGUACAAAGAUCAUAAGUGCAGGACAAGAUAAAAGGAUUAUGGUGCUAGAUUUUGGAUAUGACCUUACAACCAUGGAAUGAUAAGGAUGUAGUAUAUUAUGUUAGCGCGUUAAGACUAUAGAAAAAUGCUAGCAAAAUAAAAAGAUUGAUUGGCCCCAUACAAGGACUGUUUAAUGUGUAAAUAAUUGCUUAGUCGUGCCUGAAAGCGAUUCUUUAUCUUUAAAAUUUUAGAAACAAUCAGACACAUAAUCAAACUCAUCAUAAUAAAUUCAGUUAAUUGUGUUCUAGGUUAAAAGGAGUCCUAUA